CCAAUGCCGAUUGACUACUUAAAAAUUUAGACUUUUAUCAGUUUUUUCUUUUGGGUUAGGUUGGGUUUGAUUAUCUAUAUGUUAUUUUUGCUGAUCAAGAAGAGUGUUGAGUAGUUUGGAUUAUGGAUGGGAUGAUAUACUGAUUUUUCUAUGUAAUGCUUUCUUACGCUAAUAAUUUUAUCCAAAUGAUUAUGUAGUUGAAUUUGACUGUGUCAAUAAUCUUUUGAAGAUAUAGAUAUAUAUAUAUAUAUAUAUAUAUAUAUAUAUAAAAGAUAGGUAGCUAGGGCGGAAGGAGAUAUCUUCUGGGGUUUUUUUGUUAUACAUAUAUAUAUAUGGAGAGGUUGAGCUACGACAAUGUAUUCGAGAUUCUGCUGUUUUUCCUACGCCGUAGAUUAAACUAUGGCGAUGAGGAGAAAGAAGUGGCGAGAUGCAUGUGCGUGUCCAAGCUAUGGUACCGUGUGAUCUCUGAUAUUCUACGUCAGGUAUUGUGGCCGCACUCCCCAAUUGUGGGGCUCUAUCAUAUCCGCAGUACAAACAUACAGCCUAAGAGGGUCCGUUUUGCUCAGCACACAGCCUCACGCUCAAACCAUACCACUCACCACGCAACCACCCCUGACCGAUUCCUUUGCGACAACCGCCCCAUCACAAACUUUUUCUUCAUUGACUGUUGCAACGGCUUGCUUCUCAUAUUUGACAUCAAAUAUGACAUCUACUACGUUUGCAACCCCUACACUAGGCGCCGCACAGACAUACCCAAACCUCAUCAUCAUCAUUUCCCCUUUGCCAAAAAUAUUUUAUGUGUGGCUCUCGCUUAUGAUCCUCUUGAAUCUAGUUUUUACAAAGUUGUUAUCAUCACAGCCACAGCCACAACCACAGGUAAUUAUAACAACAUUGACUCGAAUGAUAAUUUUGAGUUUAUUGACAUAUUCUCGUCCAGCACUGGCGAGUGGAAUCGAACCACCCUGAAACUUGACCCCUUCUUCAUACGGGACUCAUUCUCUAGAUACACCGUACCUCGUGUUUAUUUUCACCGAGUUUUGUACAGGAUUUCAAGCUCUUUAAAACUUUCUUGCGUUCCUAUUGAUAAUAAUAUUAGUUCUAAUAUUUCUCCUACUGCUGAUGAUCAUGAUAAUGAAAAUAACAAGAGCACCACCACCAUCGAUCUUCCUGCUAUUACUGAUGAUUCGAAUGUAGGUAUGGGAUGCCUUGGGGUGUCAAUGAUUAGAACCACUGCUUGUCUCUCGUACUGCAGACGUGAACGAACAACGUAUGGGGUUUGGUUGUGCCAUGUCGACGAUGGUGACGAAUGGAUUCCUACUUAUACUAUUUCAAUUGAGCAGUUGAAAACUCGAUGCACUAUCGGCCUAUUUAUUAGUCAUGACGAUAUAUUAUUGAUGGAACCGUGUGCGAUAGGCCCAAAUCCUUGUGUGAUGUUCUUUGGCAUUCGAGGCACAAUUUUCAGCUAUAACUUCAAAACCAAUGUGCUCAAACUUGUGCACGAAACUCCAGUAGCGCCUGAUAAUUCCAAUUGCUUCUUCCCGGUUUUCACCUUCCGCGCCUGUCUCCUACCUUUUCAAGGCCAGGAUAAGAGGAAUAUAAUAAGCUCUACUCCAUCACAUUCACAUGAGGCAUUCUCUAAAGUUCAAAUGGGGUGGUGGAAAUAUCGAUUGUGGGAAGAUGAAAAUGAAUCAACUACCCCAUCUUUUUUAAAAUAUUUUGUUUAUGAGGUAUUCUAAUUUCUUUUAAGGUAUUAUUUAGUGGGUAUGGAAAUGAAUUGUUCAACCGUUCAUUUUUCUUUAAAUAUUUUGUUUUUUGGUGUGUUUUCUUUACACAAUAAUGGUGCUGUCACACUCAUUCUAUGGCAGUGUUUCACUAGGUUGGUUCAAUGGGACCACUCAAUAUGUUUGGUAUGGAUAUAUAGUGUUCUUG